ACAAACUUCGACACACACAAAUAAACAUCUUGCUCCUCGCGAUGUUUUAACAGCCUGCUCUCUUCGCGCCAAGAAAUGCAAAACCUCUCGCAGAACUCUACGCCAGCAAUGUUCUCCUAGCAGUUUAUGUGAAACUUUAAGUCCCCGAAAGGGCAUUGACGGAAAAAAGGCCCAAAGCCAGCCGUCCCCGAAGCUUCAGUCGGCCGCGACGAUGUGCGCUGCGACAUCGUCGCCGGCGCUGCCGGGUCUUGACCACCUCCACCCGUUCGUGGAGGACUGGCAGAACGCGGUGUCGUCUCUGCGGAUUGCGGCCCACGCCCUGGCGGAGUCCGCCGCUCAGCAGGCAUCUGCGGGCGCUGGCGCAGCCGAAUGCACUGCCUCUCCUGCCCCCCAGCCGCCGCUGCCUAUGCCCCCGCUGCCGCUGCCGGCGCCGCUGGUGCUGCCGGCUGAGCAGCUGAAGCCGGGCCGCGUGUUCGUGGUGUCCAACCUGUCCGGAGCCUACUACACCCUGCUUGAGCUCCUGUCGCGACACAAGUUCGACUUCCGCACAGACAACCUCCUGCACGUUGGCAACCUGGUGGCGGCGCCGCAGGAGCCGCCAGCCGCCGGGGGCGGCGCCGCCGCUCCCGGCGGCGGCGGCGGCUGCCGCAACUCGGCUUCUGUGCUGAAGCUGAUGCGGCGCCACUUUGCCCGCGGGCCUCUGGGUGCAAAUGAGUGUCUGGCGCUGCUGGCGGCGGCGCGUGCCAACCGGCAGCGCGCGGAGGAGGAGCGGCGGGUGGUGGCGGUGCAGCAGGCGGCGGCCGCGGCGGCGGGCCUGCGCACCACCUCGGCUCUGUCGCUGUCGCUGCGCGCGCCGCCGUCGCCGGUGCCGGCGGCGCCAGCAUCAGCGGCGGAUGCGGAUGCCGCCGGUGCCAUUGCUGAGCCGACGCCCAUGUCUGCCGUCGCAUCUCAGGCCCGGGGGGCGGGCGUUGGCGCCGAUGCGACGAUGGCGAUGGGCGGCGCCGGCACUGCGGCCAGCAGCGUGGCGGUGCCGUGCGGGCCCCGCCGGCCCCUGGCCGCGUCCCGCUGCUCGUUGUCUGACUCGGAUUCCGAUUCCGACUCAGACUCGGACUCGGACUCGGACAGCGGUGAUGAGGACGAGGGCCAGGCCGGCAACGGCUCCUACCGCCGCGGCGGCGCGCAGCCCUCCACCUCCACCUGCUCCUACCCCGCGCCGCCCGCCUCUUCCUCCUGUUUCUCCUCUGCCUGCUCCGGCUCCUCCGCCUCCUCUGCUGCCGCCGCCGCUGCCGGCGGCCUGGACAACCUGGCCCUGGCGCAGCUGCUGUCGCUGCCGCACUGCGUGGUGCUGGCGGCGUACGGCGUGGCGCUCACACACGCCGGCCCCGCCGCCCCACACGAGGUCAGCUACCUGCAGCGCCUGCGCCACCCCCACCUGCUGGAGCCGCCGGCCCCGGGCGCAGCAUCAGCAGCAGGUAAUGGCGGUGAGCCGCGCUUCCACGUGAUCUUCUCGCACCGCCGGCCGGGCGCGGCUGCGGCUGCCGCUGCCGCUGCCGCGGCGGCGGCCGGUGGCGCCGCCUCCGCCACUGGUCUGACGCUGUCUGGCCGCGGCGAUGUGGUGCGGUGCGCGGUGCUGCCGCCGCUGCGGGCGCUGCUGCGGCGCUCGCCGGGCUUUGCUGGCAAGCUGGCUGCGGGUGUGGCGCCGAGCCGGUCCGACCUGAUGAUGGAGGUGGUGGAGGAGCCGCUGUCGGACCUGGACCGGCCGGCCCAGCAGUAGCAGUUGGCGUGGCGGUGGCAGCAGCAGCAGCAGCAGCAGCAGCAGCAGGGGCAGCGAUUACAGCUGGAGAAUAAGCACAAGCAGAAGCAACAGGGGCUGUAGCAGCUGCAGGUCAGGCAGGGGCAGGUGUAACCGGCGUAGGGAUGUGCGGGAGCACUCUUGGGAGGACAGGGGCUGCUCCUACGCCGCCGCGGGGGCUCGCCGGCAUGUGGAGGAGGAGGAGGAGGAGGAGGAGGAGGAGGAGGAGGAGGAGGAGGAGGAGGAGGAGGAGGACCACUGCUGCCAUGGUAGAGGCGGCUGUGGGCAACCCUUCAACGGCCUUACGAUAGCUUUCAGGUGUUUCUCGCUAAAAGGACAUGCGUGUAUCUGCGGAGCAGAGUCAUUAUUACUCAUGUACGGAGUCAUCGGUCACCGGGGCCGGUGCGCCACGCGCCGUGUUGGCGCUGUGGCCGCUGCACCCCGGGGCACCGGGGCACCGGCACACCUUCCUGGGUUGCUGGGCCUGGUGUUAACAGAGGGCGGGCGUUACCGCACGCGCCACCUUUGUGCGCGUUGCGUGCCUGCGCGUUUGCGCUUCCAGUGCGCUUUUUGUUCCCCUGUGCGGUGCACGUUUUUCACUCUUCCGUAUGUUGCCAUGCUUCAGAAUAGUCUUAGGCUUAAACUUAGGCUUGGCGAAGGAGGAUUGGGCUGGCCGGCGUUUCAAUUCCGGAUGCGGGUCCUGAAAGCGAGCGGACAGGCGUUUGCGCGCCUGGAUGCCGCUUAACAUUGAUCUUAGGUUGACUACAAACCGUGACAACAGCAGUGUAGACGUGCGUGUACUUGGGGUAACUGUGUUUAUUUCUGUCUAUGUGCGUGUGCGUGUGCCAUACUACUUAAAUGACGACUGAACAUUGCGGGGCGUGGGCUUGGAUGAAUUGCUUUAAGCACGGAGGCAAACCUCGCACAGAUGAGCUUUCCGGGUGGGGCGCUGCGGCCGCUCCUGCGGCAAGCUGAGCUGUGCAGUGGGCUGUAUCUGCUGGCAGCAGCUGGAGACAAGACAGGGGCAGACGGAGGUAGGCAGUAGGAGAGGCAGGUGGCACACAUCGAGUGGGGGCCGGAGCAGACAACAGUUGAGCAGUGGGGCCCUCGACGGGUGGCAGGUAGGACACAAAGUGGCCCAGUUGCAUGAGAGAUCACAUGAUGCGGCAAUUGGCCAAGUCGAGUUUAGUGCGGUGCAGUAUAGCCGCCCUUAGGCGGGCAAGGCCCGCACACGACAACAGAUGAAGUCCUAAUGAUGCUGCUGGGUCAUACAGAUCAGACUCUAUUACUGACGAAGCGAAUCAGGGCAGGGCAAAGGCCCUGAGAGGAAGUCUGAACGCCGAUCGAGUUCAUGACAAGUUGACACGCUCAGGAGUAUUGACGUGAUGGAAUGGAGCUGUGUGAGGGGGCUGUGAAGCAGCCACAUGAAGAUUGUGGCGGCGUUACGGCGGCACAAUAAUUGCACAGCGCGCGCACCAUGACAUGUUGAGUGGAGUAUGCGGGAACACUUUGCACGUGUGUGCAUGUCCGCGCGUGUGAAGAAUGCUUUGAGGCGGUCUGAUCUGGGUCGGCGGCGCAGCCCAGGGCGCCUGCUGUGUGCUUAUGUGCUCGUGUGCUCGUGUGAUUACUAGAAUGCUACAGAUCACCAACUUAAUACCCUCAGACAGGAACGUGACACGCACAAGUAUAACUACCUCGCGAUGCGGGCAGAAGUAGCAGACGAGCAGACGCCGUGUACUGUAGGCGCGUAAUGGGUGCUGCCAGCCUCAGGUUAGGUUUUUAUUGGUGCACGCCGGCACAGGAUGAGCAGCAGGGCAGCCUGUGCAGGGGCUGGUGGAUGUGUAUGCGUGUGAGGGGCUGAGCGGUGUGGAGUGGCAGACGAGCUACAAGGUAGCGCGGACGCGUUUACACGCGGCUGUGCGAAGCCACCCUUGGCGCCCAGGAGCGCAGCCCUACGGGGGCGUGUGCUUGUAUCUGUGUGUGCGACAUGAAUGACGGUUAAGUGGUGUCGCCGACGACAUGUGGACGUUGAGGAGGAGGCAGGCGGGGCGUGCAGGCAGCAGGUCAGCGGAAGCCAGCGGCUGCGACGUGCAGCACGCGCUCGCUGUACCGCGUAUCUGUGUUUGUGUGUGUGUGUGUGUGUGUGUGUGUGUGUGUGUGUGUGUGUGUGUGUGUGACUGGACGUGUGUGACUGCACGUGGGCGCCCCAGGGCCCCGCGACCGACAGGCGCGGCGACCGCGGCAGCGCUGUGCCUGACGCUGGGAUCACCCCGUGACGUGCGCAGCACUGCAGCUGCUGCGGCACGGCAGGCGACCCUGUAACAAUACGGUAAC